GCCUCCUCCCAUCAGUCCCCGUUCCUCGCCCGGCUCUGGGCGUGCGCCGCCUUCCACUCUCCCAUUGGCCUUCCGUCUCCGGGAGGCCCCGGCUCCGCCCCCGGCCCUCGGCUCCCAUUGGCCGAUCCCGUCCCUUCGGUCGGGCGCUCGCGUUCCCAACGGGCGGCGGGCGCGCACGCGCGAGGCCGCGGCCGGGGGCGCGGGCGGGCGGGUGCACACACGCCGUGGAACGGACGUGCCCACGUCGUUGGUGCGGGGGGGAGUGUCCCGGCGCAUAUAAAAGGGCGUCGCUGCGCGCGCGGCGGGUUAAGUGCGGCGGGGCAGCCGAGGGGCGGGCGCGGCGGGCGCGGGAGCGGGCGCGGCGGCGGCGGAGGCCACGCAGGACAGCGGGAGUAGGAGCGGCCCCCGCGGGCCGGGGCCCAGGAGGCGGCCUCGGAAGGAGAAGGAGGAAUCGGAGCCCGGCGCACCGGGCACGCGGGGGAGGCGGCCCCCUCCCCCGACCCCCUAAUCCCGGAGGUCGCCCCGAGGAGGGGGCUUGGGGGGAGCCGCCCCCGGGCCCCGGCGUCAUGAACUCCAACGUGGAGAACCUGCCCCCCCACAUCAUCCGCCUGGUGUACAAGGAGGUCACGACGCUCACCUCGGACCCUCCCGACGGCAUCAAGGUGUUUCCCAAUGAGGAAGACGUCACGGACCUGCAGGUCACCAUCGAAGGCCCAGAGGGCACCCCCUACGCGGGAGGCCUGUUCCGCAUGAAGCUGCUCCUGGGCAAGGAUUUCCCGGCAGCCCCCCCAAAGGGCUUCUUCCUCACCAAAAUCUUCCACCCCAACGUGGGGGCCAACGGGGAGAUCUGCGUCAACGUGCUCAAGAGAGACUGGACCGCCGAGCUGGGCAUCCGCCAUGUGCUGCUGACUAUCAAGUGCCUUCUGAUCCACCCGAACCCCGAGUCGGCGCUGAACGAGGAGGCCGGCCGCCUGCUUCUGGAGGACUACGAGGAGUACGCGGCCCGGGCCAGGCUGCUGACGGAGAUCCAUGGCGGGGCCGGGGGCCCUGGGGCCCUGAGGGCAGCCCGGGGGGGCCCCGGCGGGGCAGAGGCUGGCCCGGCGGAGGCUGGGGCCUCCUCCUCCUCCCCACCCGGCCCUGGGGCUGAAGGGCCCAUGGCCAAGAAGCAUGCAGGGGAGCGGGACAAGAAGCAGGCCGCCAAGAAGAAGACGGACAAGAAGCGGGCUCUGCGCAGGCUGUAGAAGGGCCCCUCCCAUCGUGGGAGGGCACGGGGAGGAGGGGCAGCUUUUGUAUCUUCACUAAGUUAUUUAAAUUAUGGGGGGGAGGGGAGGGGAUGGGAGG